UAGAAUAUUCAGAUAAAAACUUUGGCAGAUGAUGUGCGUGACAGAAUAACAAGCUUUAGAAAAUCAGGAGUGAAAAGAGAGAAACCUCUUAUUCAGCAUCCUAUUGACUCUCAAGCUUCUAUCAGUGAACUCCCAGUUGCCCAGCCAGUUGUUGAUGAACGUUGCAUGAACUUAUCGGAAAAAGAAGUUAUGGAUCUCUUUGAAAAAAUGAUGGAAGACAUGAAUCUAAAUGAAGAACGUAAAGCUCCUUUAAGAGAUAAAGACUUGACAACAAAACGUGAGAUGGUUGUCCAGUACAUUUCUGCAACUGCCAAAUCUAUAGUCGGAAGUAAAGUUCCGGGUGGACUGAAAAACAGCAAGCAUGAGUGCACACUGUCCUCUCAGGAAUAUGUUCAUGAAUUGCGAUCUGGAAUUGCAGAAGAAAAGCUUCUUAAUUGCCUAGAGUCUUUGAGAGUGUCUCUAACAAGUAAUCCUGUCAGCUGGGUUAACAAUUUUGGACAUGAAGGUCUUGGGCUUUUAUUGGACGUACUGGAAAGGCUCCUGGACAAGAAACAGCAAGAAAGUAUUGAUAAGAAGAAUCAACAUAAACUUAUCCAGUGCCUCAAAGCAUUUAUGAACAACAAAUAUGGAUUGCAAAGGAUUCUAGGAGAUGAAAGAAGUUUGUUAUUGUUAUCAAGAGCAAUUGAUCCAAAGCAGCCUAACAUGAUGACGGAAACAGUGAAAAUACUUUCUGCUAUCUGCAUUGUUGGAGAAGAAAAUAUUCUUGACAAACUUUUAGGAGCCAUAACGACUGCUGCUGAGCGGCGCAAUAGAGAACGCUUUUCGCAAAUUGUUGAAGGGCUGGAGAACCAUGAGUUUUUACAACUGCAGGUAGCCUGUAUGCAGUUCAUCAAUGCCCUUGUUACAUCUCCAGAAGAUCUUGAUUUCAGGAUACACUUGAGAAAUGAGUUCUUACGUUGUGGACUGAAAAAAAUAUUGCCUGACUUGAAAGAUAAGGAAAAUGAAGAGCUGGAUAUUCAGUUAAAAGUUUUUGAUGAAAACAAAGAAGAAGACCUAAUUGAGCUGUCACAUCGUCUCAGUGAUAUUGGAGCUGAAAUGGAUGAUAUUAAUGAAGUAUAUCAUCUGUUGUAUAAUAUGUUGAAAGAUACAUCUUCUGAAAACUACUUCUUGUCAAUUCUCCAACAUUUCCUUCUCAUCAGGAAUGAUUAUUAUGUCCGACCUCAGUAUUACAAGAUAAUAGAAGAAUGCAUUUCACAGAUAGUAUUGCACUGCAGUGGAAUGGACCCAGAUUUUAAAUGUAGAGGAAGACUGGACGUGGAUCUUACUCAUCUUAUUGAUGCCUGUGUGGACAAAGCUAAAGUAGAAGAAAGUGAAAAAAAAGCAGCAGAAUUUUCCAAAAAGUUUGAUGAAGAGUUCACAGCUCGACAGGAGGCACAAGCUGAGCUUCAGAAACGAGAAGAGAAAAUCAAAGAACUUGAAACAGAAAUCAAAAACCUCCGAACCCAGGGUCCAGGCCUGACGGGUCAACUGAAAGAAGGAGCACCAAUACCUCCACCCCCACCAAGUGAGACGGUGCCGCCGCCGCCGCCGCCGCCACCCCCCCCUCCUCCUCCUCCUCCUCCCCCACCUUUGUGUGGGCCUCCAAUGCCAGCAUCUCUUCGAGGUUUUCCUACUUCUUCUCCCCUUCCAGGGGUACCAGCAUUACUGCCGCAUGGAAUGAAAGAGAAGAAAAAGUAUAAGCCAGAAGUCUCUAUGAAAAGAAUCAACUGGUCAAAGGUUGAGCCUCAUGAAAUAACGGAAUGCAGCUUUUGGGUAAAGGCUAGAGAAGAUAAAUUUGAAAGCCCAGAUCUGUUUGCAAAAUUAGCCCUCAACUUUGGAACACAGAUAAAAGCUAAAAGGACACUAGAAGAAACGGAAGAAAAGAAAACAGUUCAGCCGAAGAAAAGGAUUAAAGAAUUAAGAAUUUUGGAUGGAAAGACUGCACAAAACUUAUCAAUAUUUUUGGGAUCUUUUCGUAUGCCUUACGAAGAAAUAAAAAGUAUAAUUUUAGAGAUUGAUGAAGAGAAGCUGAGUGAGUCCUUAAUUCAGAGCCUCGUAAAGAAUCUUCCUGAACAGAAAGAGCUCAAUGCUUUAGCCCAAUUCAAGGAUGAAUAUAGUGAUCUUUGCGAGCCAGAACAAUUUGGAAUUGUCAUGAGUUCAGUGAAAAUGUUGCGAUCACGUCUCAAUGGGAUUCUUUUCAGGCUCAUGUUUGAAGAGCAUGUAAACAAUAUCAAACCUGACAUCAUGGCAGUUACACUAGCUUGUGAAGAGCUGAAGAAGAGUGAAAGUUUUAGUAGGCUUUUAGAGUUAGUGCUGUUGGUUGGGAACUACAUGAACUCUGGCUCCAGAAAUGCACAAUCUCUUGGUUUUAACAUCAGUUUUCUUUGCAAGAUUAGAGAUACUAAGACGUCCGAUCAGAAAACAACCCUUUUGCAUUUUCUGGUAGAGAUCUGUGAGGAGAAUUAUCGGGACAUUUUAAAAUUCCCAGAUGAACUGCAGCAUGUUGAGAGUGCAAGUAAAGUUUCAGCCCAGAAUCUCAAGAGCAACCUUGAUUCAAUGGACCAUCAGAUCCGGCGCCUCGAAAAUGACAUUGAGCAUUUCCCUAAAACGAAAGAUGCACAUGAUAAGUUUGUCGAAAAGAUGAGCAGCUUUGCUAAGAGUGCCCGAGACCAAUAUGAAAAAUUGUCCAAUAUGCACAACAACAUGACCAAGUUGUAUGAAAACUUGGGAGAGUACUUCACCUUUGAUCCCAAAGCAAUAAGCAUAGAAGAAUUCUUUGGCGAUCUCAGCAACUUCAGAAAUCUGUUUUUGGAGGCGUUAAAAGACAACAACAAAAAAAGAGAACUGGAGGAGAAAACUAAGAGAGCUAAGCUGGCAAAAGAGAAGGCUGAACGAGAGAAGCUGGAGCGGCAGAAGAAGAAGCAGCAGUUGAUUGAUAUGAACAAAGAGGGUGAUGAGACAGGAGUGAUGGAUAAUCUGCUUGAGGCCUUGCAGUCAGGAGCAGCAUUCAGAGAUCGCAGGAAACGAACACCAAGAAGCCAGGAUAACAGACGAGUAACUUUGGAAAGGUCUCGUUCUCGCCACAAUGGAACAAUCACAGCUGUAUGAUUCCUCUGAUGCCAAAGAAUUAGUGAAUUGUUUUAUUUACAAUAAAAUUGAUACACUUUGAAAAGAGUUUAACAUACAAAUUGGUAAUAAUCAUAAAUGAAUACUGGUAUUGAUUAAAUCAAAAGAUGUAUAAUAUGGUGUAUUUUAAAGCUAUUGCUAAAUACUACACAUACUGUAUUUUAUUCUCCCAGCUACCAAGAUCUGUAAACAGUGUUAAACAACAGGCUCUAUAUUUUAUUUUCUUAUGUUCCUGUUUUCUUAUUUUUUAUUUUUAAGCUGGCAAUUUACCUGAAAGGAGUUGGGGAUUUCUAGGAAAUCUUAUAUGGAUAAGAAAAUACAAAUUUGUUGAGGUAAUACAACUGUGGACAGGAUCAGGUCAUGGAAAAGACAUGAUUCCAUUUGCAGUUCUGAUUGGGACAUGAAGGGAGAAAAUAAGAAAUUAAUAUAUAAAUGAAUUCAGACAUGAGCUGAUGCACAUUAUCAGAGUCAUUUUUGUAACCAUGCAAAAGCAAUGCACAGCCCCAGUCAGGCUGCUGAAAAUCUUAUCUCAGUGUAAAGCCUGAUGGAUUUAGCUGUUUGGCUGCAAGUAGGAUUUACCACUAGCUACACUUUUGGUGAUUUGAUGAUGUAUAGUUACUUAUCACUGCUAAAAAUAGAUAAAUCAGAGCAUAGGAUUUUACCAAAGUUGAGUAAUAUCAAGGGCAGAAUAUGUUUGUAACUGUAUUUUAGGAGGGAUUUUCUAAUUAUGCACUUAUAUAUUCUUUAUACAGAUAUUUUGGGGGAAAAUAUAAUGGUCCUAUUUUAAUUGCUCUAAAAAUACCUUUGGUUAGGUUUUUAGAGUAAAGCGACAUUAUGAAUCUAUUCAGAACUGCCUCUGAGUUUUUCCUCUGUUUCUCAGGUAAAAUAUGUAGUGGGAUCUCUACUGGUGGAUUUUAGUGCUGAGGGUUAAGCAGAUAAAAACAAAUUUUCUACCUGGAGCACUGCGUAGCGGUGAACAACGACUGCAGCAGUCCGGUUUUUCGGGAAGCUCCUCCCCAUCUCCUUGGUGUGCCAGCCCCUGCACUGCAGUACCUCAGGUGAGCAGUCAGUUUAGUAGCGGACACGGGGUACGUUCGGCCGCUCAGUGGUAAACUACAGUUCCCUUUUUUCCCCAGAGUCUAGUUGAACGUACCGUCUGUUUUGGUGGUCAGGUCGGUCUUCACCAGCCUUUGUACUAAAAGCUUGUCAGUGACCUGCAUGGGGUGGAAGAUUUUAAGUGGGAGUUGCAGUGGAAGUGCUCCUGUGUUGCUCAGCUAUAACAUUUUCAGAAACAGAAUACAAUGUAAAUGGCACUUGUUCUCAAACUAUUGCUUUUCACUGAUGAGUUAUUAUAUGACUAUUUUUAUUGCCUGAGGCUGCGGGGAACUUUUUUUUAAUGUUACAUAAACAGUGUUUGGAAGGUAAGGUGUCGCACUGUUACUCUGUGCACUAACUGCUAACCUUAGAGGAGCAUUCAGUACUGGGGCAGUAAAAGUUUGCACUACUGCUUGAGCCAAGCAUCUUUGUACAGUAGAUUCUUUUUGCUUUUCUAAUAAGAUACUGUAAAGAUUAGCUGAUUAGUUGGGGAUAAAUUCUUACAAUUUCGAACUCUAGUGAUCAAUAUCCAAUUAUUGCAAGGAAAGAUACAGCUCGUUUUCAGUCUACUAUUGAAGUAAAAGAAAACAAUUCCCUGCGCUUCAAAGGAAACAAGGUUUUUGCCCAUUAUUAUAUCUCUAGACAUAGGAAUGUGAUUGAAGCCUAGUGAAAUGUGUCCUGUCAACUAAUACUCUACCUAAAUUGUUGGGGGUUUUUUUCUGUUUUUAGUAACAAUCUAAAGAGUUACAUUGUACUUCUGGAAAAAAAAAAUUGCAUGUAACAGGAUUCUGUCUCCCAGUUUUUCAGAAAGAGAUACAAAGGAUUAUAUUCUGUUUUGUGUAAGUUCAACAUCAACCUUGUAUUGAAGCAUAACUUUUUUAAUUGAAAUAUUCAAUUUAUAGUUAUACAUGUGCUUAAUGUACAAAGCUUAUGUAACAGAAUUAGGUGCAUAAUGGCUAUAUGAAUUUGUACUAUGAUGAAACAGUGUAUUCCAAUUCAAUUUUUAAAAUAAGCAUUUUGCUGAGAUUUACAAAUAUUGAUGUAGUCUUUGUAUGUAAAAACUCAAAGCUCAUAUUACAGUCUUUAUACCCUAGCAGUAAUUAUUAUUGCAUCAGUUUUCCAUUUCCGUGGGUUGUAUUUUUUAAAAGCUCUGUAAGAGCUGAACACAGAUUCUCAAGAACCAAAUCUUAGCGAAAAGCAAAUCCAAAAUAGUAACAUCAUCUGAUAUUUCUAGUUUACUACUUUUUUUCAUAUUUGAAACAUUUAUAUAAUUUCGUGAGCAUAUCUAGUAGAACAAAAGUGUCUCUCUCAAAGGAAAACUAGCUUAGAAGAUAAUUUAUGUAAAUAUAGGGUGCUUGUAUUUAUGAAGUCUAAAAUAUUUUCUGAAAUUGAUGCUGGUCACUUUGUCUUUUGAUAGUUUUUCAGUCUAUAUUAAAUUGCGGAUAUUUUUGAUGUUUUUAUUAUUGAUAUAAUUUUCAGAAUUGUCACAUGUUUAUCUAGUAUCCUAGAAGUGUAGCACCUUCUUCCGAAAUGCACUUGCCUUAUUUUCUAAUUUUAAAAAAUGAAAUAUAUCAAUUAAAUUAUAUUUGUAUUCAAUGUAAUCCCAGAAAGUAAAUCGCUGGAGGAUUCAUACAUAAAUUUCUUGCUGAUUAUGUUUUACUGUAUGUCCUCUGAGACAUUGCAUUAACAAUACACCAGCACAUCUGUUUGCAUUCACAUUUUACUGGUUAUAAGUACUGAAGAGAUUUUUAUGAUGUUACACUGUUUACAUUUCUUAGUUAUUUAAGAGGAAAAUGAUGUUACCCUUGAAAUGAAUUGAACUAAAUUUGCAAUUGACAUGGAAAUGAAACGUUUAAGUCAUAUACAAAUAUAUAUCUGUGUUGCUUAAAACUACUGGCUGUACAGAUCAGAAAUGUAAAGACAAUAGACUUUAUUUGCUCAAGUUUUAUGCAGUUUGCUCAGAAAAAAAGUGCAACGCAAUUCAUAUCACGUAUGUUUGUCUAGGAUUUAGCAAAUGUC